AAUCACCACCAUUUUUUAUCAUAUUUGCGGAGAAGACCUCAAAGGUUCCUAAUUUUUGCUAUUGAUUGAUUUAUCAGACUCCUACGACGCUGGAAAAGAAAAGAAAAGAUUAGAAAACAACAAUGGCUGACGAAGAGAGGGUUCUAGAGGACCAACUGGAGCUUCAGUUGAACGAGCAAAGAGACUCACUCUCUGCCCUAAACGAUGCUCUCGCGUCUGACCCGUUCAAUCCCCAGAUCCUCGCGGUUCACGGCGAGCUUGUUGAGGUAAUCAAAGAGACAGAGGAGGGGCUACUUAAUCUUAAGCGCGCACGUUUACUUCGAGAAGCUGAUUUAGCGUUAGAUGUUUCGAAUCAAUCAGUGAUUGAGGAUGUUAAGGCGGAGCCUCUUGAUCCGGAGGAAAAGAGUUACCAGGUCGGGUCAAAAUGUCGAUUCCGUUACAGUGACGGCCGGUGGUAUGAAGGUCAAGUUGUUGCAUUGAACGGCUCCGGUUCUGCAAAGAUAUCUUUCCUCACACCCACUUCAGAAAAUAUGUUGAUAUGCAAGUUCUUUCUGCAACAAAGAUGCCGAUUUGGUGCUAGUUGCCGCUUAUCACAUGGAGUUGAUGUCCCAUUAACUUCACUGAAGAAGUAUGCUUCAACCAUGUGGGAACCAUCAAUGGUCGGGUCCAGUAUUUGGGCAGUCUCUGAUGGUAAAGUUGGCAUCUGGAGGGAAGCUGAACUUGAAUCAUGGAACGAUGAACUUAGAACGGGGAAAGUUGUGUUCCGUGAUGAUGGAAGCUCUGCAGAGCUCGGGAUAGAAGCCCUAACAUUGUCUGAAUAUGCACAAAUGAGUGGUGAUGAAGAAAGUGAACUAAGCUCUGAAGAAUCUGAUUCUAGCGACUCUGAUGAAGAGGACAGCCCAAGAGGUAUAGGUUUUCUUGAAAGCACUGCUCGACAGAGAGGUAUCCAGACAGAAACUACCGUCUUUGCUAAAUGGGAAAAUCAUACCAGGGGUGUAGCUUCUAAGAUGAUGGCCAAUAUGGGUUAUCGUGAGGGGAUGGGAUUAGGUGCAUCUGGCCAGGGAAUGUUGGACCCGAUCUCAGUUAAAGUCCUUCCCCCUAAGCUAUCACUCGAUCAUGCUCUGGAGUCUCACCAAAAUGAUGAGGGUAAAGAGAAAAAAGAUAAGAAAAGAAGCAGAGGUGGCAAGAGAAAGCGUGAGAAGAAAUUUGCAGAAGCUGCUCGGGCUGCAAAAGAAGAAGAGGAAUCAAGACCAGAUGUUUUUAGCCUCAUCAAUAACCAACUUGCUAUGCAUAAUGAAGCAGUAAAUGGUGGGUCAAGACGUAAACAACAAAAGAAAGGCUCUGGAGAGGAGAAGAAAGUAGAUAGGAAAGCAUUGGUUGCUUAUGACGAUGAAGUGAAGGAACUAAAGUUACGUGUUGUAAAGCUAGAGGAAAUGGCGAGCAGAAACAGAAACGAAAAAGCUGUUUACGGCGCUGCUAUGAGGAAGUUAGAUGAGACCCGCAAGGCUUUGGCAGAUGCUGAAGCAGUUCAUGCAUCCGCAUCAAAUGCAGUCGCUAGCAAAGAAAAAGAGAAAAAGUGGCUAAAGUUUUGACACCUGCUAAUUUUGCAUUGUUUGGUGAUAGAUUUUACCCCCGUAAAAUGGAAAGAAAAUGAACUUAAAUUAGACUUGGCUUCUUCUCUCCUUUGCUAUGCGCUAUUGGAAUGAAUGCUUUCUUUAUGUAAAUUGAUGCAUCAUUUU